CACAUAUCAAGAUGGUGCUCAAGUUGCACGGCUCUCCGAUGUCGACAUGCACGCGACGCGUCGCGGUCGUGCUCAAGGAGAAAAACGUGCCGUAUGAGCUCGUCAAGGUCGACCUUAUGAAAGACGAGCAGAAGAGUGCGGCGUUCAUGGCGAACCAGCCGUUUGGGCAGGUGCCGUAUAUCGUUGAAGAGGACGGCUUUCAACUGUUCGAGAGCCGCGCGAUUGGGCGCUACAUCGCACUCAAGUAUGCCGGGCAGGGAAACGACGUCAUUCCGAGCCCAGCCGACCUGAAGAGGACGGCACUCUUUGAGCAGGCGGCUAGCAUCGAGUUGACGAAUUUUGAUCCCUUCGCGAGUGGUCUUGCUUUCGAGAAGGUCUUCAAGCCAAACAAGAAGCUAGGGCAGACGGAAGAGCGUGUUGUUUCGGCGUUACUCCAACAGUUGAAUGUCAAAAUGGAUGCGUAUGAAGCGAUGCUCUCAAAAUCUAAGUAUCUCGCUGGUGAUGAUGUCACUCUCGCAGACCUGUUCCACCUGACGUAUGGCAGUAUGCUCUGUUCGAUUGGCAUCGACGUUUUGGAAUCGCCGAAGAGACCAAACGUUGUUAGAUGGUGGAAAGACCUCACGUCGCGCCCGUCAUGGCAAGCUGUCAAGGAUGGUGCUUAAUGUGGUGGUCUGGUUGAGUAGUGUCAAGAUAAGC